CCGCUGCUGAGGCGCCUCGCACCCCCACACACACAGCGGGCGGAGAAACGGCCCCGCUGGGGCUUAAGCGAGCUCCAGAACCCCGAGAUCGGCCGCCGGCCCCCCUCAGGCACUGCCGAGGAACGGGGCGGCUGCGAGCGCCACCGAACAGCCGCGCCAUGGCUCGCUUCGGGCCCCGACAGCCCCCAAGAUGGCGGCGCGCCCAGGGCCCCCCACAGCCCCAAGAUGGCGGCGCACCCCACAGCGCCCCGCGCAGGCCGGGCAGAUGCGCCCCCCACAGGCUGGGCAGCUGCCGUCCGCGCAUGCGCACAGCCGCCCCCGCCUGAGGCGGAGCUGUAACGGCGAGCAGUAGAGUUUUCGCUCUUAGCCCACUAGAAAGUCGGGGCGGCGCAGGGUGUGCUGGGAAGGCAGAGUCUUCCACCGGGGCAGCCAUCUUGUUCUCCUCAGCGGGGCGCGGCAGGAUGAGGGGCUUCGUGGGGGUCGCACCAGCUCUGUCGAAGAGACUGUACUCACUGAAAGUAGCUCCUAAAGUUGCACCAUCAGCAACUGCUGAACGAGUGAAAUUAUCUCCAGAGUCUGAGGAUCUGGAGAUCACAAAAUUACCAAAUGGCUUAGUAAUUGCAUCUCUGGAAAACUUUUCUCCAGCUUCAAGAAUUGGUGUGUUCAUUAAAGCGGGCAGCAGAUAUGAAACCACUGGUAACUUGGGAACUGCUCACUUACUUCGUCUUGCAUCUACUUUGACUACUAAAGGAGCAUCUUCCUUCAGGAUAACUCGUGGUAUUGAAGCUGUUGGGGGUAGCCUAAGCGUGUACUCAACGAGAGAGAAAAUGACUUACUCUGUUGAAUGUCUGCGUGACUAUGUUGAUACAGUAAUGGAGUACCUUCUUAAUGUCACCACAGCUCCAGAGUUCAGACGAUGGGAAGUAACUGAUCUUCAGCCACAAUUAAAAGUUGACAAAGCAGUUGCGUUUCAGAAUCCUCAAGUUGGAGUGCUGGAAAACUUGCAUGCUGCAGCUUACAAGACUGCUCUGGCAAACCCCUUAUAUUGUCCAGAUUACAGAAUUGGAAAAAUUACACCUGAGCAGCUUCACCAUUUUGUACAGAACAAUUUCACAAGUGCGAGAAUGGCUCUUGUAGGAAUAGGUGUAAAGCACUCUAACCUAAAGCAAGUUGCAGAGCAGUUUCUAAACAUCCGAAGUGGAGCUGGUACUUCUAGUGUUAAGGCUAUCUACCGAGGGGGAGAAAUCAGAGAACAGAAUGGUGAUAGCCUUGUCCAUGCUGCUGUUGUAACAGAAGGAGCUGCUGUUGGAAGUGAGGAAGCAAAUGCGUUCAGUGUCCUUCAGCAUGUUUUGGGUGCUGGACCCCUUAUCAAGAGGGGAAGCAAUGUUACCAGCAAACUGUACCAGAGUAUUGCUAAAGCAACUACUCAGCCAUUUGAUGCUUCUGCAUUUAAUGUUAAUUACUCUGAUUCUGGGCUCUUCGGAUUUUAUACCAUAUCCCAGGCUCAAGAUGCUGGGCAGGUCAUUAAAGCUGCUUUGAACCAGAUGAAGGCAAUUGCUCAAGGCAGUGUCACAGAUGAAGAUGUCACAAAGGCAAAAAAUCAGCUGAAAGCUGCCUAUUUGAUGUCAGUGGAAUCUGCAGAAGGUUUGCUGAAUGAAAUUGGCUCCGAGUCAUUGGUUUCUGGCACACACACAUCACCAUCUGUUGUUGCUCAAAAAAUUGACUCUGUAUCCACUGCUGAUGUUGUGAAUGCUGCAAAGAAGUUUGUCAGUGGGAAGAAAUCAAUGGCAGCUAGUGGUGAUUUGGGAAAUACUCCUUUUCUUGAUGAAUUGUAAAAACAAAGCUGGGAUACAGUUCCAUGAUGGACCUGAACUAUAAAUCACCUGUGUUCUAAAGAAAUUACUACAUUGUUAUUUAUGAAUUCAGUUCUUUCAGGAAAUUAACCCAGUGUAAUUGUGGGCUUGCACUCAUCAAAUAAAGUGCUGAGUUCAUA